CUUUAAUCUGUGUGUCCCCUGUAAUAAAAUAAACCUUUAAAUAGAUCCUGUGUCACUCCCUUAGAGCUAUGUGUGCGUGGACAUCCACUUUGUUGCCAUCAAUAUUUAACGAUUGGACAGUUAACCAACGGACAUUUAACCAACGGGCAGUUAACCAACGGACGGUUAACCAACGGACAGUGAACCAACGGACAGUUAACCAACGGACAGUGAACCAACGGACAGUCAACCAACGGACAGUCAACCAACGGACAGUGAACCAACGGACAGUGAACCAACGGACAGUGAACCAACGGACAGUGAACCAACGGACAGUGAA